AUGACCUCGAAUAGCGACCGAAGCCGCUUUUGCUCCGUGAACUCUAUUCGAUCCUGUAUCAACUUUCUGAACGAAGAGUUAACGAGCAUAGGAAUAGCGCCAAGGCUUAUUCUGCCUCCAGAACAAGCGGAGCUUUCGGAGCGGAGACAACCCCUUGCUGAGCGUAAUUCCGACGAAGGACCUCAGACAGGGAAGCUUCAAAAACCACCAGCUACUGAAUAUGCCCUUGCGGAGGCUCUAAAUGUAAUAUUCGCGCUAAUUAAUCAAAUAAGAGAGCAGCCGCUCACGGCACAGUACUAUGACGCACAGGUGCGGGCACUUCGUGCAGAGCUGGACACACAGCAGGGAACACUCGAGCGACUUCGGGAGGAAAAACUACAGGUCCGCACAGAACUUGCCAAGACAGGCCAAAUAUUUGAAAAAGAGCGCGAGCAGAUGCGUAGAUUGAUAGAGGAAGGCCGGAGUCAGGUGGAAGCGCUCCGAAGGCAAAACGCAGAGCUAUCGGAUAAAAAGUUGAAAGCAGAAAGUCAGUCACGGCAGCUUCAGUCGGAAAUCCACCACUUGAGGAGCUUCAUUGAUAGGACACAUAGCGUAAGUAACCGUAACUGUGAUGAUCGUGCGAGGCCAUCCAGCGUACCGCACCGGGCGACAAACAGGUAUGAUCUAGCCACAACCAAUACAGUGCACUACGCCACUACGCAACAAAAUUCAGAUAUGCAGAGCGCCAUCGCGAAGGCACCAUCGGUUCCUUUUUGCUCUGCGACAAAACAGCGACAACAGUAUCGUGCGAAACGGAAAGCGAGUCAGCCUAGCCCAGCGAGGGAACCGCAUACCAGCUCUCCUGCAGAGAGGCAUCCCCCGUUUUCUCCGAAAGCACACAAGGCCAAGACGGUUGGACGACUUCAACAAUCCGCGAACAAUUUCAAAGAGAUUGAUCGGAACGUAGAUACGGCGAUAGAGUUCGAAAGACUCACGCGCGAAUGUGAUUGGCUGCGUCAUCAGCUCGACUGGUAUCGAGUUAUUGUCGCGGAGCAGGAGGAACUCCUCACAUACGCCAUAUCGCAUUCGUAA